GGGCCCGGGAGUUUGAAUUCUUGGGACCUUAGCUGAGCGAGAGCACCUCUCUCAGUGGACAGACGUGAUGUUCUACCGGUUGCUAUCGGUUGUCCGAAGACGAAGAACCAGUCCAGGAUGGCAGAACUGGCCCUCAGCAAGAAGCAACGCAUCCUCCGCUGCAGCACCCUCUGCCGCCUUGCCAGCCCAGGCCCAGGUGGUCAUCUGUGGUGGUGGGAUCAUGGGCACGUCGGUGGCCUAUCACCUCUCCAAGAUGGGGUGGACGGAUAUUGUCCUGGUGGAGCAGGGAAGGCUGGCGGCUGGCUCUACAAGGUUCUGUGCUGGCAUCCUGAGCACCGCCAGGCACCUGACCAUCGAGCAGAAGAUGGCAGACUAUUCAAACAAACUGUACCAGCAGUUAGAGCAAGAGACAGGGAUCCAAACAGGCUACAUAAAGACAGGCUCGAUCUAUCUGGCCCAAACUCAGGACCGACUGAUCUCCCUGAAACGCAUCAACUCCAGGCUCAAUGUUAUGGGCAUCCCUUCUGAGAUCAUCUCCCCCAAGAAAGUGGCAGAACUUCACCCUCUCCUCAAUGUGCACGACCUGGUGGGGGCCAUGCAUGUUCCCGAGGAUGCAGUGGUGUCAUCUGCGGAUGUGGCUCUUGCCCUGGCAAGCGCUGCCUCCCAAAAUGGUGUUCAGAUCUAUGACCGGACAACUGUGCUUCAUGUAAUGGUCAAACAAGGUCAAGUUACCGGUGUGGAGACAGAUAAAGGGCAGAUCGAAUGCCAGUACUUCGUGAACUGUGCUGGUCAGUGGGCAUACGAGCUGGGUCUGUCCAACGAGGAGCCGGUUAGUAUCCCGUUACAUGCCUGCGAACACUUCUACCUUCUGACUCGCCCCUUGGAGACCCCUCUGCAGAGCGACACACCAACUAUUGUGGAUGCUGAUGGAAGAGUUUACAUUCGGAACUGGCAGGGCGGCAUCUUAUCUGGGGGCUUUGAGAAGAACCCAAAACCGAUUUUCACUGAGGGCAAGAACCAGCUAGAAAUUCAGAAUCUACAGGAAGACUGGGAUCACUUUGAGCCCCUACUGAGUUCCCUCCUGCGUAGAAUGCCAGAGUUGGAGACUUUGGAGAUCAUGAAGUUGGUGAACUGCCCCGAGACCUUCACUCCAGACAUGCGGUGCAUCAUGGGCGAGUCUCCGGUGGUUCAGGGCUACUUCGUCCUGGCAGGGAUGAACUCUGCUGGCCUCUCGUUUGGUGGAGGAGCCGGAAAGUUCCUUGCUGAGUGGAUGGUAUAUGGUUAUCCUUCAGAGAACAUCUGGGAGUUGGAUUUGAAACGUUUUGGAGCCCUCCAGAGCAGUCGUACCUUUCUGCGCCAUCGGGUCAUGGAAGUCAUGCCUCUGAUGUACGAUCUGAAGGUUCCCCGCUGGGACUUCCAGACAGGAAGACAGUUGCGCACCUCUCCGCUCUAUGACCGGCUGGACGCACAAGGAGCCAGGUGGAUGGAGAAACACGGGUUUGAGAGGCCAAAGUACUUUGUUCCGCCUGACAAGGACCUCCUUGCAUUAGAGCAGAGCAAGACUUUCUAUAAGCCAGAUUGGUUUGACAUUGUGGAGUCUGAAGUCAAGUGCUGUAAGGAAGCUGUGUGUGUCAUCGACAUGUCCUCCUUCACCAAGUUUGAGAUAACAUCCACCGGCGAUCAGGCACUAGAAAUCCUGCAGUACCUCUUCUCCAACGACCUGGAUGUGCCUGUGGGGCACAUCGUGCAUACCGGCAUGCUCAACCAGGGCGGAGGGUACGAAAACGACUGCAGCAUAGCUCGGCUGAACAAGCGCAGUUUCUUCAUGAUCUCUCCAACUGACCAGCAAGUCCACUGUUGGGCCUGGCUUAAGAAACACAUGCCAAAAGACACCGACCUGCUCCUGGAGGACGUCACCUGGAAGUACACGGCCCUCAAUCUGAUUGGCCCUCGAGCUGUGGAUGUGCUGUCCGAGUUGUCCUACGCCCCAAUGACACCAGACCACUUCCCAAGUCUCUUCUGUAAGGAGAUGAGCGUGGGCUACGCUAACGGGAUCCGCGUGAUGAGCAUGACUCACACAGGGGAACCAGGAUUCAUGCUCUACAUCCCCAUAGAGUACGCCCUGCACGUCUACAACGAAGUGAUGAGUGUUGGGCAGAAAUACGGAAUCCGGAAUGCUGGGUAUUAUGCUCUUCGCAGUCUCCGGAUUGAGAAGUUUUUUGCCUUCUGGGGUCAGGAUUUAAAUACCCUCACCACACCCCUGGAAUGUGGACGAGAGUCACGGGUGAAAUUAGACAAGGGCAUGGAUUUCAUUGGCCGGGAGGCCCUGCUGCAGCAGAAGCAGAACGGGGUGUACAAACGCCUCACCAUGUUCAUUCUGGACGACCAUGACACAGACCUGGACCUGUGGCCUUGGUGGGGAGAGCCCAUCUACCGGAACGGGCUGUACGUCGGCAAGACCACCAGCAGUGCCUACAGCUACACCUUGGAGCGCCACGUGUGUCUGGGCUUCGUGCACAACUUUUCCGAGGACACUGGGGAGGAGCAGGUGGUGAUGGCGGAUUUCAUCAACCGCGGAGAGUACGAGAUCGACAUUGCCGGGCACCGGUUCCAGGCCAAAGCCAAGCUCUACCCCGUCGCCUCUCUCUUCACCCACAAGCGCCGAAAGGAUGAUGUGGAGUUGAGUGACUUGCACGGGAAGUAAUGCCAGCGCAGUCUCGCCACCUCCCCAUCGCCCGCCCCUGCCCCGGAGCAGCAUCGCCUCGGGAGUACCGCCUCCUUCCUCCCGCCCCUCCGUAUUGAGCCUUGCCUCAUCUCUUAGCUCUUUGACGUCAUUUUGAAUUUGACCCGCUUUUAAACUUCUUGCUUUGCAGCCUCUUUUUCUCCCAGCUCCUCUUUCUCUCUUUUCAGUCUCCCCUCCUACUACCCAUCUGGGCUCUCCUUCCUGUCGCUCUUCCCAGCUCAGAUUCCCAUGGUGGCAGAAAGUAUGUCUGACAGGCAGGACCAGCUCCAUUUGUGACAGUGGGUGAAGGUGAUAGCUGAACUUCACACCCUGCGUCUCAAAGCAAGGCAGGCUGAUACUGUGCAGGCCUCGGGGAGGAUCCUCCUCUCUGGGGCUGCAUCUUCUCAGAGUAACCUGUUCACUUCGGUGGGGUUGGAAUAGCUCGUGCCUUUCAGCCAGCCAGUUCACUCUCCGUUCCAUCGCACUGUGGGUUGUCUCCAGUACCUCUAGCCAGAGGACGAUCAUCUACCUCACUGACGAGAGGCAUCGCGUGCAUUGUCCGGCCCCGAGCAGAGACAAGCAGUGCAUGUGGGCCGCCCUCACCUCCCUGCACAGCCAGGUAGCAGGCCUGGGGCCAAGCCAGCUUGCCUGUAACGUCCCUCAUCUCUUGCUAACCUCUGUAACAAGGUGGUUUUUUCUUUCCAGCUGAGUAGGCAUUAAGCCCCAGGGUUCGAAAGGGAAAAACCAUGUUGCCUUUUUUGUUGCUUUUCCUAGCAGAAAAAGGGUCUGACCUCCAAAAGUACAAGACCAACGAUGCCGAGUUUUCUUCUACUAAAAUUACGUUGCUUUUCUUUCAACUAGUCAGAGUUCUGUCAUCCCAUCUUUCUCUUCCACUUGUACAGGAUGGUCGACUUGAUUGGUUCGGCUCUCCCUGUCCCCUCUGCAGUCUGCCCUCACUCCACAAGCCUUUCUCUUUCUUUAGAACAAGGAGGGGAAGACGGGUGUGUCGUCCUGCCUGUGUCCCAGUUCUGCUUCGUCUGGCACAAACAGAGCCCCCACAGGAUGGCCCAUGUGGCUCACCGAGGGUUCUGAGUAGGAGGACACUAGAGAACAGCUUUCCAUCUUUCCUCCCAAGUUCUUUUUUUCCCAUCCAGAUAUCCCUUGUAUCCUCUGGACUAGAAGAGGGCCGGAAAUACCCCAAGAAUCACCCCACACACUUCAAAGCAGUGUCUGUUUUCUGAAGGGGAGAGGCACGUGUCACAGGCUGUGCUACCGAAGCCCAGCACUUGCUAUUCUCUUGCAUAUGAAUUGCCCUCAUCAGGUAUUUUUGUUUGUUGUCAAAACAGACUGCUGGUAGAAAUUUUUUUUUCUUUUUUUUCUGGUAGAGAUUUUUAAUUAACCUUUGUUAUCUUGGUAUCUCAGAAGCAUUAGCUCCGAUAAAUCUCUAAGUACAUUAAAGGAGAUCCUUUCGUUUUAUUAGAAUAACUUAAAACUCUUGGGUGUCUGCCUUCUCUGGCAUUUCCUUGGGACUCCAUUUAUCCAAUUAAACUGGUUCCUCCUAGACAUUUCUUGCCAUUUCCCCAGCUCGACCACUCCUGCUUGUAACUGACUUUGGUAUCCAUAGUUUUUGGCAGUUCUCGGUUGAUUUAUAAAGGGAGCAUGUGAUUAGAAUUCUGUUUGGGAUCCUUGCUGUCACCGAACUAGCUGGGAGAUGCCACUUCUGGGCAAAGAAAGAAAGAAGGGGCGAGCCCAGCAGUGACGCGGCAGCUGCAAGGACGUGGGACAGCAGGAACAGGCCGUGGUCAACACGGAGGUGCCAGCAGGAAGCCAGCCUCGGAGGAUGGAAGCCGAUGGCAGAGAGCUCCAGGUAUCCCCUGCUCUUCCCAACACCGAGUGUGGGCUCCAUCCCAGAGUCAUCUUUGUAAACGAAAAUUUAUCUGGAAUCCAAUCCAAGAGAAAUUCUUGACACAGGAGUAGACAUAACCCUUCCAACCCUAACCGUGGCAAUAACCGUGCUCUCUGUUCCAUAGAAGUGGCACCACUCAUGCAGAUUCCAAUGGAAAUAAUAAAAGCCAUCUCCAGAGUUGAAAACCAGG